UGGGGGGCCGACGUGUACGCCGCGAUGGACGAGGCCUUCGAGAACAGAUUCACGCCGUUCUGGCAGGAGAUGUUCUUCUUCUCGGAGAUAGGCGUCGAGCUUAACGCGGCCGCGGUGAAGCUCAUCUUCGGAAGCACGGAAGUCUUGUGCGCCGCCCUAUUGUUUACCUCGCACAAGUUCUCCGCGGCGAUCAUGCUCUUCGGGCUUAUGUCGGCUGUCGUCCUCACACACCUGUUCUUGGGCGAGUUUGCGGAGCUUCCGAUGCCGCUUGUGUUGUGCUUAUCGAGCCUUGCGGUAGGCUUCGUUGGGUAUUCGCCUCUUGACCAGGGCAAACCCAAGAUGGGAUGACUCAUCACCAGCUACGGUGGUUGGGGGUGUGACGGGGAUCGAGGAGUCCCUACAUUGCAACUGUUGCUCGUUUGUAGCUACACUGCGCUCUAAGGUCAUUGGUUAUGGCCUAGUGGGAUUUAUGGGGCACCGAGUGGGGUGCCUUCGGGGUUUUGGCUUCAACGAUCUCGCUGUAAUAGGUAUCUUCAUUCGGCUCUGGUGGAAUCAUCGCUACAUUGGAGAAUUCCGGAAAAAUCAGGGUCGGCAAGUACUUCCAAGUAGUCCUCAAAGAUGGUGCUUUAAGGGCAAGGGCAGGUGGAAUUUGUUUCAUCGGCUGUCAAACACUGCUACCGCCGCUGUUCAGGAGACGCGGCUUUCUUUCACCUCCCACGCCCUGCCUCCGUCAGCCGACAUCGGUACCCUUGCCGUGCCGAGGCAGUCCGGUACCUUUUGUGAUGAUAGCGAAAAAUGCGCAUGUCUAUUGUGUGACAUUGGUCGUCGAUUCCGUGUAUGUUUACGUCUUUGGUGUGCGACUGCUACGGCGCACAGUUGUAGUUAUAGUGUAGGAUGAAGACUGUUGUUGGUG